UGAUUGCUUUGAUCAUCAAAGCCAAUUUGCUUGCUUUAAGGCCCAGUCGGCCAUUUUCCUGUGUUGUGUUUUGGGGGUUUUUGGGGGGAAAAAAAGAGGUAAAGUUUAGGCUGAAAGACGGUAAUAGUGACACUUGUUGAUAAAAGUAGAUUGCGCCUCUUCCUCCUCCGUUGAGGAAGCGGGCGGCCCGCCUACCUCCCCUUUUUUGUGUGUGUCAUCGAGCCCCCGCUCGGCUCGAUGAGUGACAAUCCGAGGCGGCCCGACAGACACGCGCCGUGGAUCAGGACCCACUCGGAUGGCAGCGACUCCCCGCUAAGCAGCACCACAAGCGGCACAACACCCAAGUGGCGAGUCGGGGGGUGGGUGGGGGGUCUGUACGUCAAACUCAAAGACGUCGGGAUGGACGGCCGAGGCACCCUGAAGAUGUUCGCUCGCAAGAAGAGGGAACUUAUUAAAACGCCGUCCAUCUCUAAGAAGAGCCGGAGUGGAAGUCCAGGACCUCCGAAUACGUUGUCCAUCCUCCAGGAGCAGCCCCGGAAAGAUGGUGGCGACUUUACCUUCUCCCCAUCGCCCACCUCUUCCUCCUCCUCAUCAUUGCUCACCCCGACAUCUGCCGGGCUUGAGGAUGCCUCCCAGUCACACCCAGGCAUCCCCAGUCCCCAGCACAUUAAGCUGCCGCCAAUGCCGUCUCCCGUUGCCACCCUAAAGAGGCCGACCACACUGAGCCGACACGCCAGCGCUGCAGGGUUCACUCUUCAGUCGUGGGUGUUCACCAAAGGCCAGGCCAAAGGAGCGAUGACCCCCACACCACCGUCCGACAGUCCCGAUGGCGCUGCCAUUGAGGUGGAAGACAUCCCUGCCUUGCUGAGGGAUGUGGCGCGCUUUGCAGAGGCAGUGGAGAAGCUGAAGGACGUUGUAGUGCUAGCGGAAGGUACUGAGAAUCAGCGACCUGUAGCCCACGAAUGUCUGGGCGAGGUGCUGCGCGUGUUGCGGCAGGUCAUCAACACUUACCCCUUCCUGAACACUGUGGAGAUCCUAACUGCUGCAGGAAAAUUAAUAUCCAAAGUCAAAGGCUUCCACUAUGAGGCUUACAACGACUUGGACAAAAAAGACUUUGAGAAGGCAAUUGAGACCAUCGCAGUUGCUUUUAGCAGCAAUGUCUCUGAGCUCCUGAUGGGUGAGGUGGACAGCAGCACACUGCUGUCAUUGCUGCCCACUGACAAAAGUCGGUCCAUGGAGAACCUGUAUGGCGCUUCAAUCCAAGAUAGUGGCCGGCUGGGAGGGAACUCUGAGGACAUGGGCAGCAUCGAGGGAGUGGACAGAAUCCUCCAGCGCAGCGAGGGUGGCGUUGACUCUGCUUUGCAGUAUGCCAAAACCAUUUCCAAAUACAUGAAGGAUCUGAUCAGUUAUGUUGAAAAGAGAACCUCGCUGGAGAUGGAGUUCUCCAAAGGUCUUCAGAGAUUAUACCACUCCUGCAAGCACAACAUAACACAUCCCCACAUGCCCCUCUUCUCCAUCUACUCUCUGGCUCUGGAACAGGACCAAGAGCUCAGUUUGGGACUCCAGCAGGCCAGCACCACCCUGCACAACCAGACCUUCAUUCAGCUGCUGGUGCAGCGCAAGCAGGAGCACGAGAAAAGGCGGAAGGAAAUCAAGGAGCACUGGAUUCGAGCAAAGAGAAGGCUGAUGGACUGUGAGUCCAACCUGCGGAAGGCCAAGCAUGCUUACCUGGCCCGUUGUGAGGACUAUCAUGCGAAAGCGGCUGCCAGCCGAGCCGAGGAGGAGGGAACGGGAGCCACGGCCAAGUCGUUGGACAAAAAGAAGCGAUUGGAGGAAGAAGCUCGCAAUAAGGCGGAGGAGGCAGAGGCAAGUUACAGAACGUGCAUAGCCGACGCCACCACUCAGAUGGGGGAGCUGGAUGAGAUCAAGGUCAUCGUGCUGAAACAGCUGCAGGACAUCAUCAAACAGAGCGACCAGACUCUCCGUUCGGCAACCAUCUCCUACUACCAGCUCAUGCACAUGCAGACAGUCGCCCUUCCCGUCUGUUACCAGACUCUCUGUGAGAGCAGCAAACUGUAUGACCCUGGCCAGCAGUAUGCUGCGCAUGUCCGAGACCUGCAGCUACCUGACCAGCCCACCAUUAGCUACACCUUUGAAGCUUACACCCCUUCCGGCAUAUCGCCUCAUGGCCACAGACCACGGAUUGACAGCUUCAACACGGAGCAGACUAGCCAUUCAGACAGUCCCACCAUCACUGUGGACGCCACCCACCGACAAGCAAGGCCGGGUCACAAAUCAUGGAGUUCGACGGUGAGUGAUGACAGCGUCGUUGAAGACGGCGGCCUGGAGUCUCCCACAGCCAGCACAACCGACAUCACUAAAAUGGCUCGGACGUCAUCCACUGGGACAGUUUCGUCUAAUGAUGAUAUAGAUGACAAAGACAGGAAUGUGGCUUCAUUUGAGACACCAAACAUUAACGGCAUGGACCCAGACGUAGUGGUUUCCAACAGACCUUUCCGCAACGUGGGCCUGUCCAAAGCCGCACAAACGCACCGCCUGAGGAAGCUGCGGACUCCUGCGAAGUGCCGUGAGUGUGACAGCUACGUGUACUUCCAGGGUGCCGAGUGCGAGGAGUGCUUCCUGGCGUGUCACAAACGCUGUUUGGAGACUCUGGCCAUUCAGUGCGGACACAAAAAGCUGCGGGGCCGUCUGCAGCUCUUUGGCAAGGAUUUUGCUGCGGUGGCCGGCUGCGCCAGCGACUGCAUCCCCUUCAUUAUCACCAAGUGCGUCUCUGAGAUAGAGAGACGGGCGCUGAAGAUGAAGGGCAUCUACAGGGUGAACGGAGUCAAGACCCGGGUGGAGAAGUUGUGCCAGGCCUUUGAGAACGGCAAGGAGCUGGUGGAGCUGUCGCAGUGUUCUCCACAUGACAUCAGCAACGUGCUCAAGCUUUACCUGCGACAGUUGCCAGAGCCCAUCCUGCCUUUCCUCAUCUACAACAGUCUGGUGGGUUUGGCCAAGGAGAGCAUCCAGGGUGAGGCAGACCCCGCAGAGUCCAGUGGUGACUUGCCAGUAGUGAGCAGAGGGUCCCAGCUGGUGGAUCUGGGCCCAGAUACAGAGCCAGAGACUCUGGUGCUAGUGGAGAAACUGAGGGAGCUUCUGAAGGAGCUUCCCAAGGCCAACAUGGCGACUCUGCGAUACCUCAUUCGCCAUCUUCGACGGAUCGCAGAGUUAGAGGAGGAGAACAAAAUGUGUGCCAGCAACUUGGGGAUCGUGUUUGGCCCCUCCUUGAUGCGCCCGCGUCCCACCGGGGCCACCAUAUCGCUUUCCUCUCUGGUGGACUACCCCCACCAGGCCCGCAUUGUGGAGGCCCUCAUUGUCUUCUACUUCUCCAUCUUCCAGUCGAAAAGCUCUCAGAGCUUUGAAACCUACCGCUCCGUUUCUACAUCUUCUCACCUGCAGGCUCAGGUUAGCAAAGACAUGACGAGUGGCUGUGCCAACGGCAAAGAGGACGGAGGCCGACUGAGGAAGAGCAAAUCUGAGUCCGACAAAAUGGAUGAAGGUGUGUCCUCAGGGUCCAGUGAGCAGCUUCCCGACUCUGACUCUGAGCUGGACGACAGCGCUCCAAGAGGACCAAGUGAGCAAGAAGACCAACUGAGCAACAGAGACAGCUUAGACCUUUCCAGCCCUACUGAUCCAGAGCAAGAGGCGGACUUCAGCCACCCAGACCACGUGCAGCCCCCGCAGUUGCCGCAGGGCGGGCCCCCAGAGGAGGACACGGGGGUCGUCAAGGGGGAUCUGUGCUCCUCGCUCGCCGGGCUGAACAUGAACCAGUCCAACAAUUACUACUACUGCUCACCGCUCUCUGGACGCUCAAGAAUCUUACUGGCUCGCUUGUGCGGGAAGAAAUUACCGCUGACAAAAUACCGAGCCAGUGAGCCUGAAUUUGUGUGAUCGAUUACAAAUGUCGAGAUUGUUCAAAUAUUCUCUUUAAUCUUCUGCAGCUUUUAUCAUCUAAAAUGUUUUUAAUGCAAUCUUGCUGUGUAAGCCAGAAUUACAUUGGCUCAUAUUUUCACGCCUUAAAUUGCUGCUGGUUUUAUUUCAGCACUUUGUUUCCCCUUCCAAUUCAUGUUUCACUCUUAUACAUGUGUUGUCUGUUUUAAUAAAACGAUAUAUUUA